AUGCAUGAUGGGACACCUCUGAUUGAAUUUCAGAUUGGCCAAUCGUUCCAAAGUAAAGAGGAAGCCGUGUUGAGUGUAAAAGAUUAUAGUAUUCAGCGUGGAGUUGAGUACAAGGUAAUGGAGUCCGACAAUCUGAAAUACCAAGGGAGAUGCAAGGAGUUUGGUAACGAGUGCACGUGGUUGAUUCGGAUAGUCAUGCGGAAAAGGAAGAGCACAUGGGAAGUUAGGAGGUACAACGGUUCGCACACGUGUAUGGCCACAUCGAUAUCAAGCGACCACAAGCAACUUGAUUAUCAUGUCAUCUGUGCGAGAAUCUUUCCAUUGGUUAGAGCUGAUGCGUCGAUGUCGAUUAAGGUGUUGCAAGAGGCAACGGAGGUGACAUAUGGAUUCAGGCCUAGUUAUCGGAAGGUGUGGUUGGCGAAGCAGAAGGCAGUAGCGCAUAUAUAUGGCGAUUGGGAGGAGUCAUAUGCGGAUCUGCCUCGAUGGAUCCUUGGGGUCACAUCCACGAUGGAAGGUUCCGUUGCUCUGCUGAAGACCUCCCCGGUUAGAGUGGGUGACCAAGUUGAUGAAGAUAGAGUCUAUUUUCAUCGGAUGUUUUGGACAUUUCCUCCGUGUAUUGAGGCAUUUCGCCACUGUAAGCCGCUCGUAAGUAUCGACGGAACACACCUCUAUGGCAAGUAUGGCGGGACAUUAUUGUUGGCGAUCGCUCAGGAUGGUAACUCGAAUAUUUUUCCUGUUGUGUUUGCACUCGUGGAGGGGGAAAAUGCAGAGUCUUGGUCAUACUUUCUUUCGAAUCUUAGAAGACAUGUAACUCCACAGCAAGGUAUUCUCGUGAUCUCUGAUAGACACAACGGCAUCAAGGCUGCACUAGAGUCCCCCGAUAGUGGUUGGUAA